AUGGAAUGCCGUAACGGUCGAUGGAUUUUGACCGGCACCCGCUUUGCAUCCGGUAAAGAAUUCACGCAUCUUGUUUGCUACAAGGAAGCGAUCGUACAAAAUUUCGCAGAUAUCCCACGGUCUCACACUUCUCGAACUUGCAAACUUUGCUCACCUAUUGGAAAUGUUCCGGAAAGUGGCCUUUGUCCGCCGGGUUUCAGAUGCUCGCGUCCAUCGAUCGAAUCUAUCAUCGGCUCAAGUAACUGUGGACAAUCUAUUAUCGAAUGUCCAGGACCCGAUUUAGUGGUUCAGCUGAGUUCUGGCUUGAGUGCUAUCGUUUAUCCACAGGAUGUCUAUUGUGAUGGAUCAUGGAUUUAUCAUGAUGGUCGUCGUAAACAUCAAGUUGUAAAUAUGCUUUGCUUAAGCAAAGAAUGA